AUGUUUUUAUAUCGCAGUACACCACUGCCUGGCCACCGCUCGUUUGUUCUGUCAGCCCUACUGUCUUUGCUCUCGUUCGCUUUAGCCUCGGACUGGAUACAAUACCCAUCCAACGGAUAUGCCACCAUGACCCACUACACCCUUCCCGAGGGUUUCAUCGCAGCGUGUGGGUGCGCGAUCAACAGCACGCUGUACCCAACUGCUGCCAUGAACCAGAUGGCAUACGGAAGUAGCACAUCGUAUGGCCCUGCCUGUGGGCAAUGCUUCAACCUGACCUUGUUAGACGCGUUCACAGCCAGUCCCCCAUUUCACCCAAACACCACAAAUUCUGUGGUCGUGAAAAUCACUGAUUUGUGCCCAUACGCGGAACAGGGGUGGUGCAAUGCGACUACUUCUAGGCCAAAUGCUGGUGGCGAAUACCUCAACUUUGAUUUAUCGUGGCCGUCUGCAUCGAUACCAAGUACAUUCUUUCCGUCGGACGCUUCAUACUAUGGUUACUCAGACUUUGGUGUAUGGAACAUAAGCUAUCAGAGCGUUUCAUGUGAAUAUUGGGAAGGCUGGAAUAAUUCAGCUGCACUCGGAAGUGUAGCCAAUCUGGGCUAUGUCUCAUGUUGUCCCGAUAAUCCAAUGCUCAACUCGAACGAUACUUGUCCAUCCUACUCUGACCAAGCAGGAAUAUCGUUCGUGCCCUCUCAUCGUGCGGAGGGCAAAUCGCUGACCACGAAAUGGCCAUUAUUAGGCCAUACUUCCAUGCUGGAUCCGCGGUUACAACCGUGCCUAUGCUUCUGUCACCAAUAUUACCCAUACUGCUGUCCGUAUGCAUGUUGUAAUUCUCUCGAGUCCUACUUUAGACAUCAUGUACUAGUGUCAGUGGGCGCCGUACGGUUCUUCUCACCGAUACCCGCGUCAUUGCAUACCGGAUCUACUCCAGAGAUAAUCUGGUUUCCACGAAAUACAACGUGA